CUGUCGGCCGGCAGGGGCGCACGCGUGUGCUGAAUAAAACGAAAGAGAACACAAGAAAAACUAUCCUCUUACCGUGGUUCCUUCUAGAGGCCCCCCGCCGCCGUGGAAACCCAAAAGGGGAUAGAGUUCGCCGAGGCCGCUGUAGCGGGUGGCGGCGCCACCGCGUGUGCUCCACCGUAAAGCUACUCACGGAUGGUCGCAGAAGGAAUGGAGUUCCUACUGGAUGCGGUUGACAGGUUCCCGGUGCGGGAGGAGUUUGCUGACAGUCUUGACAACCCAGAUCCGGUCCCGCUCGCGUACCUUCUGGAGAAGGGCGGUGCAAAUCCGGAGUUUGGACGGGGAGAAGACCACUCUGGGAUUGCUGAUAUCCUGUGCGACGGUGUGCUAACUGACGCCCAAGGGGGUGCCCAUCAACGACGUGUUGAGUCUCCGACGAGGUCGGCCCAAUCGACGGGCAGGGUUAAUCCAGAGGCCCCAGGCUGGACCAAAAGGUGAGUCUCAAAACUGCAGCCAUUCAGUACAUUUCUCUGCUUUCAGCUGUUAGAACAGUAACAUGUUAGACAGUGAUACGACGUUGGUAUGACUCUGCUAUAUUUUACAUAAUUAGUAAACUAUAAUUUGGUACACCUAUCGUACUGGAACUGAUAAGUAAGCGAGGAAAUGAAUGUUUCAUGAGUAUCACCUUCCGUGUGAUUGUUCUGAAGAAAUAACAGCAAAGAUGUGCAGUACGUGGGGGUGGAGGGGUAAGAAUGAGGGACGGUGUUGCUUGUGCGAUAUGCUUCCGAAUUAAUACAUAGAAAAAUGCUAGUUCAUGUUAGGGAGAUCCUGUGGACUGAUUUUUUGGGCGAACAAUUUGUGCUUGCAUGGAUUUGGAGAGUCGCUAUUUGUUUCUGAAUUUGUAGACUGGAAUACAUUGUAUUUUUUUAAUCCCUCGCAGGCUUCGUCUUGGAAGUGCGCCACCUGACCGUGUGCCAUGUCCAUCAAGAAUGAGCGCUCUAGAGCUGUCGAUAAGGAAAUAUGCUGAGCAACCUAACAAGAGCGUGGUGCGACCUGAGCUAGGGCUUAGUUUCGAUUCGCUAGGAGAGGCGUAUGAUUUCUACAACUUAUAUUCAUGGGAAAUUGGAUUUGGGAUAAAAUAUGGGAAAAGCAGGCUGAACGCCGAGAGAACAAAAAGCAUGCAGGAGAUAGUAUGCGGUUGCUCGGUGAGUGUCUGUUUGCUUGUAUGUAUAAUAAGAAGCGGCAGUGUACUGGCUGGUGUUCCAACCUGAAGUUGAUGAAUUUGAAUCAGCUUGGGGGGCACUGCUGGACAAGUACAACUUGAGGUCUCAUAGCUAUAUGACACAAAUAUAUGAGACAAGGAAAAAAUGGGCAAAGCCAUAUUUCAGGGGUGUGUUCUGUGCGAAGAUGACAAGUACCCAGUGAAGUGAGAGCGCAAACCACAUGCUGAAAUCUUACAUGCCGCCUGCGAGCCGAAUGCAUGUUUUCGUCCGGCAAUACACGAGACUUCAAUUUGACCGGGAACGCGACGAAAGCUACGAGGAAAAGAGGACCAUGAUUGGAGGCGCCGUCCGGCGGACUAACCUUGCGAUUGAGCGGCACGCCAGCAAAAUAUAUACCAGGAAUAUGUUUGAGGAAUUUGGCCGGCUGCUUUUAGAAGGGACGGCAUACAACGUCACUGAAGUUGAGAGGAUGAAGAAAUACAUCACAACACACAAUAAUGCAGCGAAGAGAGAGAAGUGGAGCAGAGUGGAAUAUGAGGUGACCAUCAACGAUGACAAAUCAAUAUUCACGUGCGAGUGUGGUCAGUUUGAACACACAAGGAUGCUUUGCUGCCAUGCCUUAAGGGUGAUGGAGAUUCUACAUUUGGACGAGAUUCCGAAGCACCAUAUCCUUAAACGGUGGACAAGAGACGCAAGGGAUAUACUCCCAGAUCACCUGGUUCAGUACCAGAAGGACAAAGCACAUAAUUUGUCUUUCACAUGCAGACACGCGAGGCUAUACUUUAAGGCCAUGGAGGUAGUGCGAAUGGGGGACGCAAGCACUGCAUGCUAUGAGCACAUGCAUGCCGGCCUGGAUUCUCUUCUACGUUCUGGAGCACCUCUGGCGGUCACAAGGGACGGUUUGGCUUUCGAGGAUCGUCUCAUUCAAAAUGGAAAUGGCUGUCAGGCUGCGAAUGGCGAGCCUGCUUUGGUUGAUCAUGGAGCUGAACCAUGCCACAGUGCUGCGAAUUCUGUAAAUGUGAAUGCCCUGCAGUGCCUCGAGGCGCCAGACAAGCGUAGAGGUGCUGGCAGGCCGACGAACUGUAGGGAGAAGGCCCCGUACGAAGGGCUGAGUAAGAGAACCAGGUUCUGCAGCAUUUGCUGCCGUGAGGGCCACAAGAGGACCACAUGCCCAGGGAGAGGGGAUGCGCCAAAGAAGCCGCGGAAACCCGGCAGAUGCAAGAACUGCAGCAUAGAAGGGCAUCGGCGGGAUACAUGCAAGAGACCUCUUAGGUUUGCCGAGAGCUGAGUUGUGCAUUUUUGGAUUGCAUCGGUUGAGGUUACCUGUUUCCUUUGAGGCUAAACAUACAGUCUGCACCUGUUGAGCGUUGCUUGCGCAUUGCAUCCAGUUUUCUUUAAUAAUGUGUGCUGAUAAAAAACUUUUUACGACUGAGGAACUUUGUGGCUA